CUGUUAGUUUAGUUCUAGUUGGCGAUUGUGUUCAGUGCAAAGUGGUACGUAUGGCGAAUGUAUAAUUGAAAAUGGUUCGCUUAAACCCUCUUUAGUGGCAGUGAAUCGUCUGUGAGUCUUACAAAUAUUGGAGGAAUUCGCUGGAGAUUGAUUAAGAGAUGGAUAGUGAUUCAGUACCAAUAGAGUUUACCCCACAACCAACAGUGUGGGACCCUACUGAAGAGCCAGACCCUGAUUACAUUGAUGACAACAAACUAAAUCCAGAUCGAACCAAGUGUAACACAUAUGUUUUGCAGAACAAGACUCAUCUUUUCAGUGGUGGUUAUGAAGGGAUCCCUGAGAACUUGCUAAUUAAUUUUAUGGGAUGGAUUAUCCUCAUGUCCUUAUUCACUGUCCUGCGGAAAAAGGCCUGGAAUUAUGGCCGUCUUGCCCUCGUUCAGAAGUAUGAGAGCAGAACAAAGCAUCUUGGCUUCAGUCAGUACAAUGUAUGGACACAGCUAUUUUAUGGCAAGGAGAAUGACAUGGGAAAAAUUGCGAGUGAAAGUGACUCCGUGUCAUCUUUGGAGUUAAACGUGCACCUCGACAAGGGUUUACUUUCAUGGAUUCCAGCCCUAUUUAAAAUCAAAGAUAAAGACAUCCUAGAGAAAAGUGGAAAAGAUGCUGUGCAAUACAUGGCCUUUCAGCGCCACAUCAUCAUAUAUAUGAUGAUUGUGUGUGUUGUAAGUAUUGUCAUAGUACUACCUAUUAAUUUCCAAGGUACGCUGGAAGGAGGUGAAAAGGAAUUUGGACACACAACUUUAGCCAAUCUUGACCCAAAGUCACGCCUCUUGUGGGUACAUGUGACACUAGCUUUCCUCUUCCUUCCUAUGGGAAUCUUGUUUACUAGACGUUUCUCAAAAAAACUUGAACUACGAGAGGCAUCAACCCUGACUAGUGCUUCACGGACGUUGAUGAUCACCCAUGUACCCCGUAGGUCUUGCCAUAAGGACACUAUUCUUAGACAUUUUCAAGAGGCCUAUCCUGAAAUUGAAGUACAAGAUGUGCAGUUUGCAUAUAACAUCAGAUCUUUAACAGCUUAUGAUAAGGAAAGGGAAGUUGCACAAAAUGCAAGACUGUAUUGUGAAGCAUAUAUGAAAGAGACGAAUAGGAGGCUAGAAAUGCGGCCAUACAAAUGUGGUGUGAUAUGUGGAUGCUGUGAUAUUUUUGGAUGCCCAAAAGUGGAUGCUAUUGAAUAUUAUUUAGAGGAAGAAAAUCGUCUGUCUCAGGAGGUAGAGAAUCUCAAAGUCAGAGCUCUUCAGAGACCUACUGGCAUUGCCUUUGUAACGUUUGACUCCAUAACAAAUGCGACAAAAGUUUUGCGUGAUCACCAGACAAAAUGUGAUUGCUUGAAGAACACACCAGCAUCUUCUGUAUCAGGAGAGCUAAAACCCCAUAACUGGAUUGUACGAGUGGCUCCAGCGCCAGAGGAUAUCUAUUGGGCUAAUUUGUCUGUAACAACUCGUCACUGGUGGUUGAAGGCAGUCAGCAUCAACUUUGUCCUGUUUGUUGUUCUGUUCUUUCUGACAACUCCUGCUGUGCUUAUCAACACUCUGGACUUUGUACACCUUUUUGCUGGAAAACUUCAUAAUGUGAGUCCAGUAUUGUCUGAAUUCUUGCCAACUCUUCUUCUGUGGACCACUGCUGCCCUUAUGCCUGUCAUUGUAUCAUACUCGGACCAGUUUAUGUCCCACUGGACUCGAUCUGCAGAAAACCACUCUAUCAUGCGAAAAACUUUUAUAUUUUUACUAUUUAUGGUUAUCAUCUUGCCAUCAUUGGGACUAACAAGCGCAAAAGGUUUCAUGGAAUGGGUGGUAAAACCGCAGAAUGGAACUUUCCGCUGGGAAUGCAUCUUUCUUCCUGAUAAUGGUGCAUUUUUUGUCAAUUACAUCAUUACUUCAGCACUUAUUGGCACAACAUUGGAACUGAUUCGUUUUCCUGAACUGUUCAUGUACAUAGUACGAAUGGCACUUUCCAGAUCUGAGGCAGAAACUGCCAGUGUUCGCCGAGCGAUUCUUUAUGAGUUCCCAUUUGGUGUGCAGUAUGCGUGGAUGCUUCUUAUUUUUGCCAUGACAAUCAUUUAUUCAAUAUCAUGUCCACUCAUAACCCCCUUCGGUACUUUGUAUAUGCCCAUCCUGAAACAUCUAGUUGAUAAGUACAACAUCUUCUUUGCAUAUGGACCAUCAAGAAUAAAAAACAUUCAUACCACAGCAUUAACUUUCUGUGGUGUGUCCAUUGUAUGUUUACAGCUGAGUUUACUAUUCUUCUCCGUUGUACGACAGGGUCUUAAUAAGGAUAUUACAAUAUAUAGCAUCAUUCUGUUUUGUAUAACUUGCCUUGUGUUCAACCACAAUGCAUUUCAUUGGUUUAAAGACUUCAGUCCAGUAGAGUAUAAUGGUGAUGACAUUACGACGACUGAGGUUGCAUGUCAGUUUGUUCCGUCGGUAUUACGAGACGCGCCUUCAGGUGUAGAAUCCAGUUAUAAUUACAAUGGUUUGCGAACGUAUGGAACGCAACCGCCAGAAGAAAAUGGACAUGCCUCAAAUAGCCCUUUAAGGAGUAAUGGAGGGAGUCCAAGACUGAAACAUACAGGAGAGCAACCAGACCUUUAUCAAGAUUAUUCUCCGCCUAAGAUGACAACCAUCAGCGCAGAAAUAAAUAUACCAGCUGACAGCCAAGGCCAUGGUGAGGAAGAAGAUGAAGAAACUGUGUACACUCGUGCAUCUCCUGGACAACCUUCAUCAAAUGUUAGUGGCAACGAUGAUGAUGUGGUCACAGUUAAACAACCAUCUCCUACUGUGGUAACAGUUGAUGGAUCUGUGACCAUGGAUACUUCACAGCCAACUAAUCCUAGUGCCCUAAGACAUACAAUCAAUGGAAAAGAUGACAAUGCACCCACAUAUGAUGUUUAGAAUAAAUGGAGUGUAGUUACUACGUAACACAUUACAUUACAGUGAAUAGUGGUUAAAAUUGCUUUCGCAGUCAAAUGGUGUGGACAUGGUCACACAGUUUCUGAUGUCAUUAUUGUUUACUACUCUUAAAUAUUUUCUUUAGAAAAGCAUUAGUUGCCAAUGGAAAUGCUCGACAAAUAUACGGAGCAAGGAGAAUAACGUACUAAAACACAAAAAUAGCUCAUUUGAGUGAAGGAGGUUCAUGUGCUUUUUGUAUCCUGAACAGUGACACAUAUGUUGUUGCCUGUGUGGCUUUUUUCAGCUUUUGCGCAUUUAUUGUACCUCUUAAUUUGCAGACUAUGUAUAUAAUUUUUUAUUAUGCUUUUAUGUGUAGUGGUGGUAAACUUGUAUAGAAAAAAUUAUCUCCUCUGAUCAUGGAGAUCCAAAAAUAGCAUCUUUCCUUGUCAUAUUCAGUAUGAAUAAUUAAUACCAAAUUAGUUUGACUAUACACUGUAAUUAUUUGUACAAAUGGAACAUUCACAUAUACUCAUUGACUAGAUAUUAGUAUUUUUUGUAAGAGUUGCCUGCACUGAAAAAUAUCUAUUACAAAUUUGUGCCUUUGGUGCACACCUACAAUCGUUAACCAUAUGGAGAUGAUUUUUAAGCUCUAGGAGUUUUUCUUUUAGCCUUAAAGUUUGUGGGUGUUGAGCCUCAAGGGUUCAGGUGACUACUGUGUGCUCUCUCUCUCUCUCUCUCUCUCUCUCUCUCUCUCUCUCUCUCUCUCUCUCUCUCUCUCUCUCUCUCUCUCUCUCUCUCUCUCUCUCUCUCUCAUUGUUAUAUUCCUUGAAAUUUCAUCUUUCUAAAUUAUGUAAUGGCUGUUCAUCCCAGCAUUACCACUCUUUAAUACCAAUGCUAACUGCUCUAUUGAAAACUAAUUUUAUUUAAUUUCUUGUGUGUGGUUCUCUGGUUUGAAUUUUUUAAAAUUUUCAUUCAAUUUUUUCCCAAGGAGUCAUUUGUAGUAAAUUAACUGUUUUUAUGUGCAAUGUUCAUACUGUUGAUAUACAUUAUUCAGGUUUUCAUCUUUAAAUGCAUAUUUUAAGUGGGUUAUUUUCAGAGACUUUCAUUUAAUUUGCUCACAGAUUAGUGAAUCAGAAACAAUUUGAAUGUCAUUUCUAAAAUGAGAUCGAUUCUAGCAGGCAUAGGUUUGAAAAAUGUGAUAUAUUGUAUAUAAUUUUUAUUGGAAGAGAAUAUUUAUAAAUUCAUAACCUCAGGUAAAACUGAAUUCAUUUUUGUACAUUAUUAGUUUCUUCCCAAUAUGCAUUUGUCUUUCAGCUUUAUAGGAGAGUUUUUUUUUUUUUUGUAAAAUAGCUGCACUUAUCCCUAAGCCAUUCUCAUAUUUUAACUAUCCUUCUAUCCAAGAUACACAACUGAUUUUUAUAGUAGAAGGAAACAGAGGUAGUAAAUAUAAGUGCAUGAAGAGCAGGAUGCAUGAACCUCCCGGCUUUCAGAAAAGUGUAUCAGAUGGGCUUAAAGCUCUGUGUAGUUCAUUUAUAGCUAGUGAAGGCUACAACUAAAAUUACAAGCAGUAGAUAACCUUAUCAAGUGGCCAUAUCUUUCAUGACUCCCAAAAGUUAAUUACUGGAGUUUUGUUCUUUCUGUCACAAAGUGGAGUCUUUAAACUAAUUUAUAACUCAAAAUAACAAUUGACUUAAUAUUUAUGGAAGAUUAUUUUCACCACCUCUACUCUGAAUAAUUUUGUGUAUAAUGCUUAAAUUUAACUUUUAUAGAUUUAUUUAUAUACAUACAUACAUUUUAUUUUAUUUUUGAGACAAAUCUCUCUACAUUUAGGGUAAGUAAGAACAUUCCUGUGCAAGAAAGCUAUGAAUCAUUUUGAUAAUGCAUGAUUUUUAUAAGUGAAUAUAGAUAGGGUUGAAAAGGUUUUGUUGUAUAUAGUGUAUGUUGAAAUCUGUCAUUGGAAAACAUUGUUAGGUGAAAUAUGUGCAAAAUAGGCUUUUCUUUGGGUAAUGAUUAGUGUCUGAAAUUAUUGUAAAAUUAUAAAAGGAUGAAGAAGAGGGGCUUCGUGGUAAAGUUGAGAAUCAAGGAACAUCCUCAUUAUUGAGAAAUUUUAAGUUUCUAUAGUCUUUAUUGAAGGCUAUGGAGUCUUUCAUGUUUUGUUACUAAAGUAUCAUGUUACUAAAGUAUCACUGAUACAUUAAUCAGAUAGUGAGGGAAUGUGGGUUUGACUGUUUUGCUUGAAUUGAAUUUAAAAAAUCACAAGCGUACUUUGAAUGUAUUUCCCUUUAUAUCUUCCCCUUUUUUGAGGGUGGCUUUGUUUUAGGAAGUUAGUGUUUGAAGUCUGUUUAUAACAUUUGAUACUAACGUAAUUUUUAUUUGUUAAUUUUGAAGAGUUUCAUGUGUCAUUACAAGAAAUAAUCUCCUGCACUGACUUGAGGAAAAGUUAAGAGUCGGUGAUCUUUGAGCCAAGUUUUGGCAAACGUAGUCUUUGCAAAUGCAGCAGCUUUUGUUCUUACUCUUUAUUGCAUCAUUAUUUUUAAGAAAUACUUGUAAUCCUAACUCUGAGUCUUGAUUUGUUAAUGAUGUUUUGUCUUACUCUCUUUGAUUACCUCUCAAAUGCUCAAUAUGAAGAUUAAUUGAAAUGGAUAUAUGUGAAGUGUUGAGAUCGUUCCUUUACUUUCCUGUUCCUGAACUCUCUUUCUUGUAUCAUUGCUGACUCAUAUGUCACCCAAUGAAAUUUUUAGAUUUAGACGUCAUAUAUAAUUGUUUCAAGUUUAUGAAAGUUUUUAUCAGCACUUAGUUGAGGGGUAUACAUUAAAAUCUUGACCUAAGUACUAAAACUGUAUAAUUUUGAAUUAUUAGUUCUGUAAGAUUGGGAGUGACUUGAGUAAAUUGGAAAUGUAUUCUUUUGUCAGACAAACCCUUGCUUUUCAUAGUCUUAUGUUUUGUUUUGAUACCUUUGGCUUUGUAUAUCAGUUGUUUUAUGUAACAGAAUAUUUAUUUUAAAAUGUGUUCUUAUUUUCACCUUCCUGCUGCCUCACAUUUACAUUAACUUUUUGCCCUUUUGAAGGCCAUUUUCAGACAAUUCAAAAGACUAUGUAUUUGUAGGUGCAAUUGAUACUUUUAGAGUGGUAAAAAGGAAAUUUUUGUCCUCCAUCCAUGAAACCAGUCUGAAAGAAAAUACUGUAUUUUCAGUUCACAGAGGUAACUCAGACUUAGGUGACAGAGUGAUUAAUAGUCAGUUUUACAAUUAAGAGAACAUUCUCUUAUUUUUAGGAUUAUUAUUGAAUUUGAAAGCUUGGUAACUUAAGUUGUGUAGCAGCUGUAACACUGAUCAUUUAUUACUCUGGAAUGAAAGAUCUGAUCUUAAGAAUUUGGUUUGAAUACUUGCAUGUCAAGUGAUUAAAACUAGGCAUACUAUACAGUAUAUCAAGUUUACAUGUAGAAAGGAAAACACAUUAUCGCCAUUUUUAUUUAUAAUAUCCUUUCCCAUUCUCUUUAUUACUCAAGAAGUAGUACAGGGUUAUGAAAGAGUUUUUCAACUUGAGAUGAAUGUGCCUAUUAAUUAAAAUUAUAAUAAUUGUGGUAUGAGAAUUAGAUUAUUAAAUGGUGGCAGGUGGUGGAUAAAAUACAUAAUUAUCGUAUUAGAGAAUAGUUAACAAAUGCAAUGUAUUACUAUGCAUGCCAUCUUAAUAAGACUGUAGCAAGGAGCCUGAUGCAAGAAAUGUGGUACAUAAAAUAUAUAUGAAAAUGCAUUAUAUGGAAAUAGACCUGUAUUUUUAGAUGAUUUUUCCUUUAUUAAGCUAGCUUAUUAAUGCUGUGAGAUGCUAAUAAAAUUUUAUUGAUAAAUUCUUUUAUCCAGAUACACAGCUUUCAAUAUUAAAAGAUUUUUUUUUUUAAUAUAUGUCAGUGGUUCAGUGCAGCUACAUUCCUGACAUAAGUAAACAGAUUUUACAAUAGAAAUAUGUAGUUGAUCUCUUGUGUGGAUGAUGAUAAUUCAUAUAAACAAAAUUUUACGACCAAAACAAAUUCAAUGCUAACAUAAGUUUGACAUAAACUUUUUUUUUAUCUAAUGUGAGACUUAAAUGGACUUUAUUACCUAAUUUAUGCUUUUCAUCAGGGCCAGUGAGAAGAGUGUCCUUGAACUUCAUUCACCCAUAUAGCAUGCAUACUAAUAUUGAAUGUAGCAGGGGAAGUGGCUAUGUAACAAAUGGAUCUAAAUUCUGUAAAAUGUGCUGUGAGAUAUUCAAACGAGCAUUAUAGGUAUACGUACAUGAUACAUUGCUGUACUUGGGUUUUUUCUAUAGUGAGUAUGUGUAUAAUUAAACAAUAAUCUUCCAAGUUCAUGUAUUUACAUUGGACUCCCAAGAAUCAGAUAAGUUGAUGUUGCUUAAGCAUUUUGGAAUAGAAAAUGUUACCAUACCUUUUAUUUUAAUAGUUAUCUAGGUUUUCCAUGUGGUCUCAGUAGAUCUGACUGGUAGAUUAUUUACUGAGAAUAUACAGUCAAGCAAGGCACUAUUGUUAAAUGUUAAUUUUUUUUUCUGUAGGUACUUUGAAUUUUAUAGAUGGCAAAAUUAUUAACUUUCCUCAUGGAAAACACGCAUUCCUUUACUGUAGUACUCAUCUGUUGUGAGUGAGUACUAAAAGUGCAGUAGUAUAGUCUAAUCUUAUAUUCAGUGCAAAAGGUAUUUGCACACAAUGAAGUGCAAAUAGAAGUUUGAAUUUGAAAUUGUCAGUACUUUUUCUGUACAUUUGCACACUCCCAAGAAAUACACAUUUUUUUAUUUUAGACAUUGCCCCUGAAGGACCAUUUAUAUUUUUACAAAAUUAGGACUUGCAUGUAUGGGAAAGAUUAAAAAUGAUAUAAUUCGGGUUGUAAGCCUGAACUUCAAAGGUAGGGUAAUUCUGAAAGAAUGAAUAAAUUUAUCCCCAUAUUAGACAAUACAGACUAAGCCUUAAAGUGAUAUAAUAGUCUGUGGAUGCAAAAACUUUCUGAUGGUGAAUUUAUUGAAUUCUGAUAUGGAUGCUUCUCAAAUUUGACAAGUUUGAUAUAGUAAGGAUAUUUGAAAUAACAUGAGCUCUUCUAAGUUAGCUUGCUUUAUCAUGAGUUGGUGAAUGUGAUUCAGACUUUAGUUGAAUUUUUAAAGCAUUUUUUUUCAUUUAGUUGUACAUAAACAAAAUUUAUUAGAAAUAAUAAAUGAAUAUUUUA